CUUUCAGUGGUAUCUGAGGGUGGUCUGUGAUCAAUAGGCAUGGGAAACAUCUCCUUUUGGGACGAUCUGAACAGCUCCUGCAGCAAUGCAGGCAACAGCUGCUACCUGGAAAACAGCAUGAGGUUCAACUUCACCCUCCAAGAGCAGGCAGCUGAUUUUUACGUUGUCCUGCCUGUGAUCUACUCUGUGAUCUGUGCUGUGGGGCUCACAGGCAACACUGCUGUCAUCUAUGUGAUCCUCAAGGCCCCCAAGAUGAAGACUGUGACCAACAUGUUCAUCCUGAACCUCGCUAUCGCUGAUGACUUGUUCACCCUUGUCCUGCCCAUCAAUAUUGCAGAGCACCUCCUCCGCUACUGGCCCUUCGGAGAAAUCCUCUGCAAGGUCAUCUUGUCCAUAGACCACUACAAUAUCUUCUCCAGCAUUUAUUUCCUGACAGUGAUGAGCAUAGACAGGUACCUGGUGGUACUGGCUACGGUCAGGUCCAAGAGGAUGCCCCACCGCACGUACCGAGCGGCCAGGAUUGUCAGCCUGUGCAUCUGGAUCCUGGUCACCAUCAUAGUCCUCCCUUUCAUCAUCUUUGCCAAUGUCUACACCGACGACCUGGAGAUCAAGAGCUGUGGUCUCAAUUUCCCCAAGCCUGAGAGGUUUUGGUUCAAAGCCAGCAGGAUCUACACCCUCAUCCUUGGCUUUGCCAUUCCAGUAUCCACCAUCUGCAUCCUCUACACCAUGAUGCUCUACAAGCUGAGGAACAUGCACUUGAACUCCAACGCCAGAGCCCUGGACAAAGCCAAGAAGAAAGUCACCAUUAUGGUCUUCAUAGUCCUGGCUGUGUUCCUCUUCUGUUGGACCCCCUUCCACCUGGCCACCAUCGUGGCUUUGACCACUGACUUACCCCAGACCUCCAUGGUCAUUGGGAUAUCCUACUUCAUCACCAGCCUAAGCUAUGCCAAUUCGUGCUUGAAUCCUUUCUUGUACGCUUUCCUGGACGACAGUUUUCGGAAAAGUUUCCGGAAGUUGCUGGAAUGCAGAACUUCUUGAACAGGGGGUUGGGGCUGGCAGGUCCCUGCCCUUCCAGGGUUUUUCAGGAGAAACUUUGCAGACUGGAGGAGUGGCCAAUGAAUGCACAAUGUCCUUUGUUUGGUUUACAUGUAACGUGUGGUCUGUUUGUAACCCUCAGCAGCAGCAGGGUUUGUCCUGCCCACUUGCAACUCUUGUAUUUCCCCUCUUUGCUCCUAUCAGCUUCUCAGAGUUGCAUUUCUAGACCCUGAUUUUGAAUUUCACCCUCUGAAUUAUUAAGGACAGAACAUCUCCUUUUCAGGGGUGUACUUCUGCCACAGAGUGGUCCUUUAUUGCCAUCUGCUGUACAGCACAGACAGGCUGGAGACCAAUUUCCAGAGGAGUGCAAAGCUCAGUUCUUUAUCACUGAGUUAUUAGGGAGGAUUGUUUAAUGGAGCAGAGCUAAUGAGCACUUUCAAUGAAACAUCAGUAAAACAGAGGAUGAGUAUUUGGAAGAGAAAAGAAACUAUUUUCAAUGUUCACAUAUGUUCCUGUGUGUUAUGGCUUCCUUUUCAUUUUGAAGGAUCAUCCAUCUUCCACCCCACCACAAAUUUUCUCUUUUCUGACUUGUUAAAUUUAGACCAAAAGGAAGAUGUGAGUCUCAAAAAUAGUGCUAAACAGCACACCAUACAAAUACUAUAACAACUGUGAGAACUUGUGUUAGAAAUCAUUUUGAACUAGUUGUUCCUGUUAAGUGUCAAAUACAUAUUUAAGAGUGAGUAAUGAAAUAAACCUCGUGGGGGAAUAAAGAGACUGGUCCUUCUUUCACAAGAGAAAAUUUAUGCUACUUGUGCCAUAUCUUUGCUAUAUAUAUUGCAUUUUGCCUAUUAUAAAAUAAAACAUGGUAGGUUUGUAACAAAAUUAAGGUGUUUUGUAAGCCAUAAGAAAAACUCUAGCGAGCA